AUGCCGGUAGGUUUGAAGUAUGUCGCUGUUGCACGCUGUAUAGCUGUGCCAGGUUCCUCAUGUUGGCGAGCUUCUGAAAGGUUACGUGCAGAGCGGUGUCGUGUGUGCACAGAACGGGUGAUCAACCGUGAAAUACUCACCUCACGCCUUUCGUACCCAACUCACGGUGUAAUUUGUAGAGCUGCUCAUACCGCAUCGCGGGUAGCGCCUGUGGCUCCCCCAGCGACUGAUGCACAAAUCUCGGAGCUGGUGUCGGCCUUCCAGGAUAGCAAACGGCUCGUCGUGCUCACAGGUGCAGGAUGCAGUACCGAAUCAGGAGUGCCCGAUUAUCGUUCUCCCCAGGGCGCCUACUCUACCGGAUUCAAACCGAUGACGCAUCAGCAAUUCUUGGCCAGCCCUGCAAACCGCGCGCGCUAUUGGGCGCGCUCCUUCUAUGGAUGGCCGCGCUUCUCCGCCACGCAGCCCAAUGAAGCGCACCUCGCCCUGGCGGACUUGGAGCGGCGGGGCUGGGUCAGCGGCAUCGUGACUCAGAACGUGGACCGGCUGCACACCCGGGCCGGUAGUCGGGAGGUGCUGGAGUUGCACGGAAGCAGCCAUGACGUGGUCUGCUUGGACUGCGGCCGCCUUUCCCCUCGGCAGGCUCUGCAGGACGCACUUGCCGCCCUCAACCCAGCGGUGGCGGCCCACGCCGCUACACGAGCCCUCUCCAGCUCUCCUCCUCCUUCGCGGGGUGCCGGUGGUGCAGCUCCCAUGCAGCGGCCAGACGGGGACGUGGAGCUGGUGGAUGCGGGUCAGGGCUUUCGAGUGGCUCCCUGUCGUGACUGCGGGGGCACGCUGAAGCCGGACGUGGUGUUCUUCGGGGAUAACCUACCCCAGGAGCGCAAGGAGAGAGCCGCUGCGCUUAUUGCUUCGAGCGACACGCUUUUGGUUGUUGGGACUAGUGUCAUGGUAUAUUCGGCAUAUCGACUUGUGGAGGCGGCUAAAGCUGCGGGGGCGAAAUUGCUGAUUGUUAACGUUGGGCAUACACGUGCGGAUAAGCUGGCAGACGUCAAGGUCGAGGCUAGGGCAGGCGAGGUACUCGUCCGCCUUGCUCGACAUUCUGCCCUGCAGCUCCCGAAGUUACUUUGA